AGAAACUCCGUAAGUUUUGUUACAGACUUUGAAAGGUCGUCCGCCAAGCAGAGUGACGCUAUACGGCUAAUCUCUUUGUCCCAUGGCGGAUUUUUCUCAGCCACUUCUCUCCCAGAGAGAGGAAAACAAACAGAUCCACCAGCCGGAAUCCGGCCGGAAAGGAACCAAGGUUGUUUUUGCUCCCGACGCCGACGACAUCCCUCCGAUCAACACCGCGCGUGAUUUCUACAGAGAGUUCUGUGUUGAAUUAAAGAAGCUGUGGUACCUUGCAGCUCCGGCGGUUUUCACUUCCGUUUGCCAGUAUUCGUUCGGCGCCAUCACUCAACUUUUCGCCGGACAAGUCAGCACCAUUGCCCUCGCCGCCGUCUCUAUCGAGAACUCCGUUAUUGCCGGCUUUUCCUUCGGCGUCAUGCUUGGAAUGGGAAGCGCACUGGAGACCUUGUGCGGGCAGGCGUAUGGGGCCGGGCAGCUGGAUAUGAUGGGAGUGUACAUGCAAAGAUCGUGGGUGAUCCUGCUUUCAUCGGCGGUAAUUCUAACUCCGAUUUACAUAUUUGCGACGCCGCUAUUGAAGCUAAUCGGACAGACGGCGGAGAUUUCGGAGGCGGCGGGAGUGAUGUCGAUAUGGAUGAUUCCUCAGCUUUAUGCGUAUGCCCUCAACUUUCCCAUCUCCAAAUUCUUGCAGGCGCAAAGCAAGAUGAUGGCCAUGUCCGUCAUAUCCGCUGUGGCUUUGGCAUUGCACACAUUCUUUACUUGGUUGCUGAUGCUAAAGUUGGGUUUGGGGUUGGCGGGUGGUGCCAUAGUGCUAAACGUUUCAUGGUGGGUGAUUGUAGUGGCUCAAAUUAUUUAUAUAAUAAGUGGGAGUUGCGGUCGAGCCUGGUCUGGUUUCUCAUGGAGAGCGUUUCAGAGUCUUUGGGGUUUCGUCAGACUCUCUCUUGCAUCUGCAAUCAUGCUUUGUUUGGAGAUAUGGUAUUUUAUGGCUCUGAUACUGUUUGCGGGAUAUCUAAAGAACGCUGAAGUCUCCAUUGAUGGCUUGUCUAUAUGCACGAACAUCUUGGGGUGGACAGUAAUGGUCGCUUUUGGAAUAAAUGCAGCCAUAAGCGUUCGAGUAUCAAAUGAAUUGGGCGCAGCUCAUCCAAGAACAGCAAGAUUUUCAUUAGUAGUAGCUGUAAUAUCGUCUUUUGUUCUGGGUCUCAUUCUGGCGGCUAUUCUCAUUAUCACAAAGAAUGAUUAUCCUUUCUUAUUUUCGAGUGAUUCAGCCGUGAGACAAGUUGUCAUGAACCUAACUCCUUUGCUUGGUUUCUGCAUUCUCGUCAACAACGUGCAGCCAGUUCUAUCCGGAGUGGCCGUUGGAGCUGGAUGGCAAGCUGUUGUGGCUUAUGUGAAUGUUGGUUGUUACUAUUUGUUUGGGGUUCCUUUGGGCCUGCUUAUGGGUUUCACGCUUCACUGGGGCGUUACGGGAAUAUGGUCUGGGAUGAUUGGGGGAACCAUAAUACAGACUUGCAUUUUGACAUGGAUGGUUUACAAAACCAACUGGAAUGAAGAGGCAUCUGUUGCUGAGGAUAGAAUAAGGAAAUGGGGAGGACCUUCUGUUUCCUCUUAGAACAACUUCUAAGUUCUAAAGGCAACCCAAAUUUAACCGACCAAUAUUGGCGUUGUUGUCUAUGAUGUGAUCAUGCGAUUCAAAUUAAUUAGGUCUUAUUUCAUAAUAGUUUCGUUUUUUGUUU